AUGUCGAUUCUACAAUUGAUGAUUGGGAAAUGGAAGCACGACCGUGAUUCUGACGAUGAUGACCUGAUAGAGGUACUGAUGCAAGGUAUGGGGCUCCCCUUGGCAGUGGCUAGAAUUACUGCAUGCUCAAGUCCGGUUAUAAAUAUAUCGCAGAACGGGGACGUUUACUGCAUACAAUUUGAUAUUGAAAAGCAGUCUUUCGUGGCGACUUUUAAAAUCGGGCAACCUUUUGAUGAAAUGACGAACCCGAUGGGUAAAAAGAGAAAAUCUUUGACGUAUAUUGACGACGAAGGGAGAUUAGUUAUGAAAGCCGUGGACCCGAAGGAUACGUUUAUUUCCAUAUGGAAUGUCCAGGGUGACGAACUUACAACAACUCUUGUUGACGAUGACGAAAAGGCGGUACGAUAUUAUCACCGUGUUUAG